AUGUUCGAGUACAAGCAGCCUAUUUCCUCCAUUUUAGACGGGUCUAGGUUUACCAUUGCCCAAAUAGGGAAUGCCUACUGCGUGGUGGCUCCAGUGAAUAACUUCUACAAAGUCUACGGGGCAGAGAGGCUCAAUACACUGGGAAGAUGCAAAGAGGGAGAGCGCAUUCAAGAGAUCACCUCACUCGGAAGGUACAUAGUAACAGCAGCAGGCACACGGAUUAACAUAUAUAACCAGGGAGUGCAGAUCCAAGAAAUAGAGAUGGGCGAGACAAUAAAGACGCUCUUCUCAUGCAAUAAUGAGUAUUUGAUUGCCGUCCUCGAUGGGUCUGUUGCAAAGAUAGAGCUUGAUGAGAUCGACGAGAUUGAGAAUAAGAAGAUAGCACACACGGUAAAAAAGCUUAGAAACAUUCCAGACCACCUGGAAAGCGUGCACCCGCUUGCCUUAAAGAACAAAAUACUUGUUGUUGCAGGUGGCGCCAUUAGCAUAUACUCAGUGGAAAAGGACCGGGCUGUAUACAAAUUGAAGUGCACGGAGGUGUCUGGGCCUGUUCUGGAUGUCUCCUGCUCCAUUUCUUCUGAGAUUAUAGCAGUGUGUACAUCGAGCGAGGUUCUUGUUCUGCAGCUUAAGAAAGACAUUCUUCUUCAGACAUUCUCCUUUGGGGGAAUCCAGUCAGUUGACUUCAGAAGAAGCAGCCAGUGCAAGGAGCUUGCAGUGCUAACCAAGAAUGAAGUCAUAGUGCUGUGCCUUGAGCAGGGUGUUGUCAGAGCAAGACACGCUCUUCCAGAAGGAGCACAGAAGACAGCAGCUGAUGUGGGGCAUCUGCAUACGGCUAGAUACAUAGGAAGCGACGGGUACUUAGUUAUAUCCCAGUACAACGAGCUCCAGAUUCUUGACUGCCACAAAGAGAAAAUUCUUUCAGUGAAAAGGCGGGCAGGAGUGGUCUUUGGAAAAAGCCAGUGUUCGGAGUUUCUUAAUAACACCUUAGUUAUUUCGACAAACAAUCGGGUGUACACGCUAUCCCUUCGCAAAGACGAGCAGCUAAAGGAGAUUUCUAAGGUUUGCGCAGACGGGGAGCCAGUGUCCCUCUCUGUUGUACGAGACAGCAUUAUUGCAUGCUACACAAAGGGCGUGUAUGCUCUAAAGGAAACAGUUGGGGGAGUCGCGCAGGUAAAGAGAAAUCUUGGGUACUCAACCCCAAGGGAGUACAUUGAGUGCGCUAUGUCCUUCUGCGGAAACAGUAUGGCGCUCGCAAUAAAAACUGGAAAGGAGUCUGUUAAGAUUCUUAUUACGUCAAAAGAGUCAGGCUUUAUUUUCGGAGAAAUAGAAGAAACUCCAUACCUAGCAAUCUCGCUGAACAAUCUUAAGAAGACCCUCACAGUCCUCCAUAGGACUGAAGUAGUUGUCUACACGUACAAUGGAGAAGUUGUGUCCAGGCAUCCAAUUCAGGAGCCUCUUGCAGAGAAAGACGAGAAAGACGAGAAAGACGCGGAUAAAGAACACGUAGUUGCAAAGAUAUUUGAGUCCAGCACGUACAAGUACUUUAUUAUUGCUACAUGGUCCCGCAUUCUUGUCAUCAACCAAAGUGGGGAGACAAUUAAGUCUGUCGCAAAGAAAGCAGGGGCGCCAAUUUCUGCAAGAGUGAGCGCAGAUCUGAGCUGGCUUCUUCUAUUGUCCUCUGCAGAGAAGGGUGCUGUGCUGGAGGUGGUGGACAUACAGGCAGCAUGCACGCUUUCUACAACCUUCUUUGCACACACCCCGCGAGACUUCCUUCUUACACACGACAAGAGCCGGCUGGUUGUCACAACAGACACGCAGGUCCUUCUGUACGUCAACACGUACAGCAUACAGGCAGCCCCAGCAGAGCAGAGCGCGGUUUCCUCCCAGGGGAUAUCCUUCAGCUCAGCCCAUAAGUCUCGCAUUCGCCUACUGAUGAUGUACGACACAAUAGGGGACAAGGUUGAAGAAGAGGCUCCUAUGGCUCCGUACACAGUGCAGAAGGAGAACACACCUCCCAAGCUCAGCAGCAUGCAGGGUGCCAAGGAAAGCAUAGAAGCACUUCUUGAUGGAAACUAUCCAAUCUCUUCUAUAGUUGCCUACAUAAAGGAAAUAGAAGAUCCCUCGUCUCUUGUAAUAGAUUUAAUUUCACAUCUUGAAGCUAAGUAUGAUAUUGCAGAUGCUUUGAUCAAUAGAGUGCUUCACUACCGAAGAAAGGACCUAGACAUGGAGCGACUCUCUGCUCCACUAAAGACCAGGGAGGCCAUUGCAGAGAGGCUUAUUGUGAAGUACCUCUCAACGCUGUCUCUGAUUCAGUCAAUUUAA